AUGAAAUAGAUGAUGCUACUCAAAUUAAAACCAUUAGUAAAUUAGCCAAAUUUCCUCUUUGCUACUCAGUCUAUUCAAUUCAAAACUCUUUAGUAUAUUAAAAUUAAACAAAGAUGGUAGGAUAUUAAGUUUUAAACUAAGCCAAAAAAGAAUGUAGCUGAAAAGGACUAAGGGAAAUUGGCGAGAAAAGAAAGUUCUUAAAAAUAGAUUAAUGCUUAAGACCUUAAAAAGCCAGUAUCAUUCCUUAAGAAAAGACCUGAUUCUACUAAAGCCAUUGAAUAAACUUCUAGUGAUCACCCAGAUGUACCUAAAUAAAUAGAGCAGGAAAAACAAAAGCCAAAAGUUGAAAAGUAAUUGAAUAAGGUCCCUGAGACAAAAGAAACCAAUACUUCUCUAGCUAAUAUCAAAACUUUGUUUUAGGAAUUCUUAGCAAGUACAGAGAAUUAUUCUAAAUAAAAAGAAAUGUUUAAAGAUGAUAUAAUUCAAUCAGCUUAAAUUACUUAAUAGUUUAGAUAGCAACUGAUAGAAAAUCUAAUAUAAAUAUCAAAACUCUCAGCUUCGCUUAGUGAAAUGUAAUAAAUCAAAUUACUUACAUAGCCAACUUACUUAAAAUAUAAAGAUUAGAUAGGCUCUUAUAUUAUGGAUGCUGAUUCACAAUAAUAUUUGAAAAAAUUCAAUAAAGAAAUAAAAACAUAAAAAAAAAAUUAAGAGACUCCUUCAUAUUUAUCUUCUGAAAUCUUAGUAGAAAUUAUAGGGAAAAAUUAAGAGUUAAUGAAUUAUGAGAAUGUUUUGCAUUAACUUUCAAUAAUUCCUUAUGAGAAACUUUCUUUGACAUUAAAAAUUGCUUAAGAUAUUGAUAACAUUUUCUCAGAAAUAAUAUAUAAAAAUAUAGACUAAAUUAAUGAAGUACUUCAUAGAAUAAAUCAUUACAUUUUCAUAAUGUUCAAGCACUUUAAAAAUUGUGGAAUGAAAGAAAAUUUAAAAAAGUCAAUAGAUAUUUACCUAACUCAAUUGAGCUAGCAAGAUUUCAAUAAGUUAUUUAGAAAAGAGGGUAGUAAAGAUUAUGAUAAGAUAUUUUUGAGAUUUUUAAACCUCUAGAAUGUGAUUUGUAAUGAAAUUUCAUUUAAUGAUCGCUUAUACCAGAGUUUUUAAUUAUGCAAUGUCAAGUUUCUUGACUUUAUUGAUACUAUUGAUUUGAAGGCUAGUAAUGUUGUCUAAAAAGAUUUAGUCUUCUUUAUGCUAUUGAUUGGUAAAAACAAUAUAAAAACUCCUGUAUUUGACAAGCUAAAUAAUGAGUUUACUCGAAGAUACUAAGAAAAAGAAAUUUAAUUGUUAGACUUUUAAGAUGCCUUUAUUAGUUACCUCUAUCUUAGACGUAUCGAUGAGAACCUACUAUAGUAAUUUGGACUAGACAAACUCUCAUUAGAAGAGAUAUUCACAGAUGCAAAGCUUAAAACAUCUGACUACAUCAAAUUUUAUGAACUUUGCUCAGCUGGUCAAAUUGAAAAUAUUAAUAUAUGGAAUUUAUUCUUGAAUAAGCUCAAAAUCUUUAAAGGUCAACUUUCUAUCCUAGACACUAGAAUGUUCAUAAGUAUUUCAAAUCAAAUCUUGCACGUUUAAAAUACUCAUAAUAAUCCUUUUGAUGAAAAUAAAAUAGAAGAACUCUAGACAAUCAUUGAGAAAUGCAAGAAAAGAAUUGAGGAAGUAGAAUAAAUGCAAACAACUUAAGUUACCAAAAAAAAGAUUUAUCUAAACACAACACUUGAGGAAUUGAUUAACAAAACUCUCAAAAAUAUUAAAAAUUUAGAAUUUGAAUAGGAAAAAAAGCUAUUGGGUAGCCUGUUUACAGCUGACUUUUAUUUGAAACAUUAUAAUGUAGCUAUUGAAGUGAAUGGGCCAAUGCAUUAUCUUAAGGAAAUCAAGGAUGGCUAAGUUAUUGAGACUGAUGAGUAUAAUGGAAGAUUCUAUAAUAAGGUAAAGGUAUUAGAGAGAAAUGGAAUCAAAGUCAUUCCAAUCAGAUACACAGAAGUGAAUGAAAACUUAGACUCAUUGAAGUAACUUAAUGAGAAGAUCAAGAGCAUGCUACCUAAAAAGAAAGCAGAGAUUUGA